GUGGCGUCUAUCCGAGUUGGCGAUUAUAAGUAUUGGUCGCGUAGGAGAAGUAGAGAGGUUUGAUAGUACUAAAAGAGGGUAUCUGCGAUAGUAAAGAGGCAAUGUUGCGGCAAGCGUGGCGUUCAUGGCAUUGGUAUUGGCGCCGAGGAAGCUGCGUCAUCAACAUCAGCCACACUUGGCAAGCUCCAUCGGGCUAGUGGCUGUGGUAUAUGUAGAUUUUGCAACGCUUCACGGUCACUUGGUCUUUAAGUAUGGAUGGGAAAAUGUAGGACCAAUAAUAGGAGUGAUGUCAACGUGUCGCGGUGAUCGAGUAGUAGCACAAACGCUUCAUUAUGGUAUAUCGAAUAGCCUCCAAAGCCAGUUUUGUGGAAAGGAGACUCGUAACAGUCGUUAUGAUCAAGACCUCGCAGCCUCAUCAUGAGUAAAACUACAGGUACCCCGACUCCUCUGCGAAAUCAACGAAAUCGAGCAUGUAGCGAGAUCGAGAGCAGCCGGACUGGCAACAUUGCAUGUUGAAAGAUAAGCCUCUCUAAAACCUAUGCUGACAUGAGAACCGCGGUUCGAACGUUCAGGCAU